AAUAAUUGUUGGCCCCUGAGAAUUAUUCGCAGAGUGGCGCCUCUAUUCUACACACACGCCAAGCUAUGAGGCCACGGCCGCCUUCUGCCCGCUCCAAGGCCGUCCUGAAGGUUCGCCCUGGGAAGGGAGGCUCGUUGCGGUCUCGCCAUGUCUGGAAAGAGAAGUGUAACAUGGCAGCCGCCUCAGAAACGAGCAAAGCCCGGCCUAGCACCUCCCAGGAGAGAGCCCCGAAUCCCGCCAUGACCGCACUGCUGGCCGAGGAAGGAGAGUGUGUUCUGCUGCUGGGCCCCGGGCAGAAGCUGACGUUCACAGGGAAAUGCAUUGUGACGUGCUUGUAUGGCAGCGUUCAAGUCUUGGGCUUAACCAUCAACUCCAACGAAACACCCUACGAGUUGUUUUCCCCAAAUACGCAGGCGCCUCUGACAAUCGAAGUGAUGAAGCGGAAGAAGCCUGACAAGACUCUCAAAGAGAUCCGCACGGAGGCCAAAGCCGUACUACGAGGAUAUCUCCCUCUAGAUUGCAGACGUACGAUAAUGAAAAGCUUUAAAUCAUCAUGCUCUAUUUUACUGAUGGAGCGUCUAGAAGACCCGACCACCAGCUACAUUAUGACUCAUUCAGAGUACGCCAACAUCUUUUUUGCUAAACUGAGUGAAAAGUAUUCCUCCAUGUUGGAUGACACAGUCCUACAGUCUGUUGGAAUUGAGAAUCGUGAUCCUGACUCGGGGAUUGUCUUGCUAGAGAAAACUGUGUCUGCAGCACAGACGUUAGUUGACGCUUGCAUUGAGGAGCACCAUGGCUGUCCAGUCAUUCUUGUAUGUGGCCCACAAAAUGUUGGAAAAUCGACAUUCAAUCGCUACCUCAUCAACCAGUUAUUAAAUCACAUUCCAUCUGUUGGCUACCUGGAGUGUGACUUGGGACAGUCAGAGUUUACUCCUCCUGGCUGUAUAUCACUGCUGAACAUCACCAAGCCUGUUCUUGGUCCUCCUUUCACUCAUCAGAGAGAUGUGCAGAAAAUGGUUUACUUUGGAGACGUGUCCUGUGAACAGGAGAUGGAGCGCUACUUCGAAUCUGUGAAAUAUGUCAUCACUUGUUACAAGAGGGAGCAGCCGCUCAUUAUCAACACCAUGGGAUGGGUUAAAGGGUCUGGAUGGCUACUUCUGCUAGACCUGAUCCACCUGCUGUCCCCAAGCCACGUCGUGCAGAUGGUUGCAGAGGGAGCUGACCGCAUGCAGCCACUCACCCAUGAGUAUGUUCGGAACACCCCCGGAUCUAUGACGAAGCCCUGUUCUGGCGCCAAGUACAGAAACAAUGAGUUGGACUCCUCCGAUGAAGAAGGAGACUCUGCAAAUGACGUUUGUUUUAAAGCGUCAGUAGGACACGAGCUUCUUCAAGCAGAGAGCAGUUUUAGCGGAGCAGGAGGGACCGAGACUGUGCGUUGUCAUGCCUGGAUUCUGCGUGAUCUUGCCAUGUUGGGCUACAUGAGUAAGUUACAGCAAUUAGAACUGGAACAGAUCAUUCCCCUGAACAGCUUAGUACCAUACGAGGUGCCUUUUAAUGCCGUAGCACUUCGUGUCAUUCAUUCAGCCGUCGCUCCGUCUCACAUCAUGUACACGGCCAACGCUAACUGGGUCGGCCUUUGCCACAUUCUGGAUGAUAUCAGCAGCCAGGAAACCGACUCGGUGAUCCUAACACAGACGCCAAUCUGUGACUGCCUAGGGUUUGGUAUUAUUCGGGGAGUUAAUGUAACGAAGAAGGUUUACCACAUCCUUACACCCAUCCCUCCAGAGACUCUGCGAUCGGUCAAUUGCCUCCUGAUAGGAAACAUAUCUAUACCACACAGCGUAUUCAAGCGCCAGCCUGGCGACGUUCCCUAUGUCACCUCGGAAUACGACUUCUCCAUAUACGGCUCCGGGAAGAUGAAGAUAAACAAACACCUCAAAAGACGUGAACAUGUCUAA